GGGGUGGGGGCGGGAGGACAGGGCGCUGGUUGCGCUCCCAGGGGAGGCUGGGCUGAGCGCCUCCCCCGCUGUUCCCCCACCCUCCCGCGCAAUAAUUUUCAGCGGAAACAAUAGCAAAUAUCAGCGUUUAUUUGCGAAGGGGCCGCUGGCGAGGGCGGGCGGCUCAGCCCGGCACAAUAGGGGCUUUGUCGGGCGGCACAGGGCUCCCGCUGUGAGCGGCAGCCGCCCGGUCCCCGCCGCUCCCCGCGCCUCUGCUGCGGCGGCUCCAGGGCCGGGGAGCGAUGGGGAGCGGAGCGGUGGAAAGCACGGACCGAGCUCAGAGCAAAAGUUAGUGCCGAUGCACCGCGGAGCGUUGUUAAUUUGUAGGAGAACGAGCUCUGCUUGUAUCUGGCACGUCGAAAAGUCCCGGACACGCCAUGGAUACCAUCGGCCACAGCGUCCUCCUCCUCCAGCAGCUGAACAUGCAGCGGGAGUUUGGCUUUUUGUGUGACUGCACAGUUGCCAUUGGAGAUGUUUACUUCAAAGCCCACAGAGCGGUGCUCGCUGCUUUUUCGAACUAUUUUAAGAUGAUAUUUAUUCAUCAGACAAGCGAAUGCAUAAAGAUUCAGCCUGCAGACAUCCAGCCUGACAUAUUUAGUUACUUGUUGCAUAUCAUGUACACUGGGAAAGGGCCAAAGCAGAUGGUCAGCCAGAGCCGGCUGGAGGAGGGCAUCCGCUUUCUCCACGCAGACCACCUCUCCCAUAUCGCCACCGAGAUGAACCAAGUGUUCUCCCCAGAGCCGGUCCAGUCUUCCAACUUGUAUGGGAUCCAGAUCUCGACCGCGCACAAACCAGUGAAGGAACGCGUGGGAGCGAAGGAGAGCCUGCCCAAGGCGGGCGGCAGGGCCGCUGCCCAGGGCGAGCACCCGCAGCUGCAGCUCUCUCUGGCCAUCGGCCUGGACGACAGCUCCCUCGACCAGCAGGGCGCUCGCCCCUCUGCUCAGCCCGCUGCUCUCGCCAAGCCGGCAGAAGAGCGUCCGAAGCUGUCGGUCUCCAUAAAGCAGGAGAGGUGUGACUCGGAGCCGGUGGUGUCCCAGAGCUGCACCCCUCCUUCCCCGGAGGUAGCAAGCCCCGUUUUUGCUAAGGCCAGCCUCAAGGUGCACCUGUGUCACUACUGCGGGGAGCGUUUUGACUCCCGGGUUGGGCUGCGGCAGCACUUGCACACCCACGUGUCGGGCUCGCUGCCCUUCGGCGUGCCGGCCUCCAUCCUGGAGAGCAGCGACCUGGGCGAGGUGCAGCCCCUGGCUGAGGACAGGGAGGCUGGGGAUGGCCCCCGGCUCGGGGCCUUCCUCCUCAAGGAGGAUGAGCUUCAGCUGGAGCAUCCGAGCUGCAGCGACCUGGAGCCUCUGCAGAUUGGCCAGCUCUCCCUCAUCUCCAAGGACCACGAACCGGUGGAGUUGAACUGUAACUUUUCUUUCUCAAGGAAGAGAAAAAUCAGUUGCACCGUCUGCGGCCGCACGUUCUUCCGGAAGAGCCAGCUGCUGGAACACAUGUACAUGCACAGAGGGAAGCAGCACAAGUACAGCCGCUGCCAGCGGCUGGAGAGCCCCGCGACGCCCAGGUUUCAUCCUUACUGUGACAGUGAGAGCGUGGGGAAGAGCUCCAGUUUAUCCCAGGAACACUUAGAUGAAUGUAUACUGGAGUCGGAUCUCAUCCAAGAAAGCGUCGAUACGAUCCUGGUAGAGUAGUUCUUCCCCUGUGUAGCCUUCAGAUGCUGAAACUCUGGAUAUUUUGGCAUUUUCCACCUAGUCAGCAGCUCCUCCCUGCAGCUGAUUUUCUUCAACCACCAUUCCCAUCACCUCCAAGAUAACUGUGAAGAACUGCUUACUUUGAUUUGUGUACUUGCUUUUUUACUUCUCUAACUAUUAAACUCAAGUUAAUUCCCAUCUAAGUCCUUGGAAGCUCCAUGUAACUCAGUUACAUUUUUCAUAAAUGUGAACUUACUCCUGCUCUGCUUUACCAGAGUUAAGACUGUAUUCCUGGGUGUGAGGUUUAAACAUUGUCUAAUAAGCUGCGAGGUGCCUAGUACUGUUUGUAUCCCAUAGAAUUGCCCUCUGAAACUAGAUGGAGGGAAAUGUAGAGGGAAAUAUGUAUUGUGUUUCCCAAAUAGUUUGUUUUUAAUUAAAAUAAACAUCUCAAGGAGAUGAAUCUUGAUGUUUGUGUUGUAUAACUGCAGUUAAUAAAUCUCUGCAUAAAAUACA